AUGGAAGUCUGUGAGAUUGCACGAGCUUUGUACUCUUACAAUAAUCAUACUGGUAUGAAGUUUGAUGCUGGACAACUUCUAAAUGUCUUUGAAAAAGGCGAGGAUGGCUGGUGGUGGGGUGAAGUUCAACAAUCAGAAAUCGAAGGAUGGUUUCCUGCGACUUACGUAUCGACUUUAGAACAGGUCAGCAAUUGCUAUUAAAUGGUAACACUUGGACACUAUUCCAUUUGCGUAUUUCCUUAUUAAAACCUAUAGGCUUUGCUAAAUAAGGAAGGAGCUUCUGUUCUGUGUCUGUUGAAAUUGACACCAAGUAUUUCGAGGAGAGUUAUCGAAAGUUCUGAAACCCACAAAUUAGCAUAAAAAAACUCUAGAAAAUGUUUUGAUUGAACAGUCACGAUUUAUUCAAAUGACUCAUUUGCGACUUUGGGCUAAUUUCAAAUGCAAAAAAGGUCAGGCAAAUCUGUUCUGUAAUAAACCAUAGCCGGGCUAAUAGAAUAGCGAUGAUUAUUGUAAACAUGCCAAAAACCGCGUGCAAAUAAGUGGAUUCAAAUCGGUAGUAACACUAUCAAAUAUGCAAAGCGGACUUCCUGCGUAGUUUAGCACAUAAAUACUCUUUGUAAGUUGUCGUUUAUUGCAUUUUGUUUACAUAAAAACAAAAACUGCCCACCGCAAAUAACGUUGUUACUAUGCAUUCUGCAAGCAUUGCAUAAAGUCGCGUGUAAAUUAGUAAUUUUCGCUUGGAAUUUUAAAUAAUUAAUUAUUGGAAUGUGCUAUCGGAUUGCAUUUGACCGCCAAAAUAAAAUGCAAAUCGUCUGCGUCCUAAAUCAACAUUUUAGCGUACUAAAUAUAUAUUUUAAUACGCCUUUGCUUCAAUCAAAGUUAACUUUCUGUUUGUUAAACGGCAAGGUUUAGAUAUUUAACCGAAUUUCAUGGAUUUCUCAUUUAUCUGGACACAAUUUGCAGAAAAAAAAUUUUGAUAAGAAUUUAUGUAAUAUAAUAUCUUGUUCGGCGCUUGUUUAUUCUGGCUAAAAUUUAUGAUAUUCAACAUUAAUUGAUCAGCAUGAUACCAGAUAAUAGCAAACUGUUUUAUGAAUAUUUGUUUGUCUGGAUGUUUUUUUUCUUCUAAAUUAGACUAAAAAUGAUAUAAUUCAAAGGUAGUAUGAAGUAGGGGUUUUGUAUACAGUAAUUUAGCUCGUGGUUUCCAAAUUCAUUUAAUGUAAAUAAUUUCUUGCUGUCAAAACAAAACAAAUUAGUGAAUUUCAGAUGAAAAGGUCACAUGAUUGUCACAUGCAUGGUCAUGAAGCCAAAAUAAUAAAUUAAUCCCAAACAUUUUAGGGGACAGGGUAGUUGUGUCAGACACAAAAAUAUUUGGUUUCUACUGUAAUGCUAUUGCAAUUAAUUUCUUAAAUGUUGGCAAGAGGGGAAAACCAUUGCCUUUCUCCGCCCCAACAGGGAAUGUGGCUUUUAAACUUACCAUUUUCAUAUCUAUAUCGUUGUUUGUAAGGCUAAAAAAUACCUUGGCUACUGAAAUCACCGACCCUAUAAAUCUUUUUAUCUGAAGUUUGCAAAGAGUUUGCAGCAAAUGUUCGUACGCAGUUCAGCGCAUUAGUUUUGUACUAGCUAUAUGAAGUGUACAUGUAAUCUGUUUCUUCCAAAGUUGAUAUAACAUUUAACAAUUAAUGUUCGUGCCAUCUGUGCAGCCAUAACUGACAUAGAAUAUCAUCCUCAUGCACUGGCAUUUGUAAAAAAAAUUUUUUGACCUAUGCAAUAGUAGCUGGUAAGAUCAAGAAUGCAUACAGUAUCAUAUUUUCAAAAUGAGCACCAUGAACGCUUUGACAUUUUUACUUGUAUUAUGGUGAAUGUGCCCCGUAAGUGUACCAAUUUUGUUCUUUCUGCAGAAAGUUGUUCACGGCAUUGACUUGCCUCCUAACUGGUCAGCAUUUCAAACAGAACAAGGAAAGACAUAUUAUGUUAAUUCAGUUACAAAAGGUACUGUGAAAUUGUGAGUUAACAGUGUAGAGAGUCAGUUCUUGUAGUAUUCAUAAAUCCUUCAUUAAUCCACUCUCUGAAAUAAACUGUUCUUUUGAAUAAGCCCUUUUCUUUAAUAAACCCCCUCUGUAAUAAACCCUUUCUUUAAUAAAACCCACUGGUAAGCCCAUUUUCUAACAAGCCCCAUCUCUAAUAAACUAUUAAACCCCCCUUUCUAUUCAACUCCCUUUCUAAUAAGCCCACCUCUCUAAUAAGUCCUAAAGUCCUCCUCUAAUAAGCCCAUCUCUCUAGUAAGCCUACCUUUCUAAUAAGCACCCUUUCUGACAAGCCACCUCUCUAAUAAGCCCACCUCUCUAAUAAGUCCCCUCUUUAAUAAGCCCACCUCUCCAAUAAGCCCACCUCUCUAGUAAGCCCACUUCUCUAAUAAGCCACCUCUCUAAUAAGCCCACCUCUUUAAUAAGCCCACCUCUCUAAUAAGCCCACUUUUCUAAUAAGCCACCUCUCUAAUAAGCCCACCUCUCUAAUAAGCUCACCUCUCUAAUAAGCCCACCUCUCUAAUAAGCCCACCUUUCUAAUAAGCCCAUCUCUCUAAUAAGUCACAAUAAGAUGUCACUUGGUCAUAGUCAUGUCAAGAUGGCGGUUGGUCGCAUCGAUCUGAGUUCCGUCGUUUUUAUUGUAGCAGUAAGAUUUUUGCUACUGAUAUCUCAGUCUAGCAUUGCAAACAACUCAAAUGAAGUUUCGCUUCACUUAUGGAGAUAUUGUAAAACCUGUUAUGCUGAAAAACCUUGCCUUGUUGACGGAAAGCCACUUAGACUUAGUCGUUUACAUCGAGACUUUACAUGUCGUAACGGUCUACUUGUGGGCAGCCUUCUGCUUCUCUGUGGAGACAUUGCUACACAACCUGGUCCUGGUUGUCGGAUUAACAGUAACGCAAAUACAUUGUAUUGUUCUGCGAUCAAGUGCCUUUAUAUGAAUGCUAGAAGUGUG